AUGACAACCAAACUGCGAAACCAACCAUUAUCAUUAAAUACAAACCAAUCAGGUACUGGCGCUGGCACUAGUACUGAUUCAAUACCUGCAGGUUCACAUAUCACUGACACUAAUCAGUCCUUUUUAUUACCAGGCUUAGCAUCUCCACCAACUAUUUCAAACACUGCCAUGUUUCAAAAUCCAGCACCACAUACUAUCAGAAAAAUGGAUUUAAGUAUAGAAGUACCACCACAUCAACUUGAGAAUAAUGAACAAAAUACCACUCCUAUCGAUAUCAACAUGAACAUGCUCAAACAUUAUGAAAUAUUACAACUCCCAACACCAAUUUUCAACACGGGGUCAUUUGCUAAUUAUAACCAACCAUUGUCAUCAUUAUCAUCUAACUCUUCAAAUGCAUCAAUAUCAAUGUCUCCACCAACAUUCAGACUGAUUUCCCGAGUGUGUAGUUUAAAGCAACCCAAGAGAUAUGUUUCUGAACCAAUACCUAUUUCCACUUCGACCAGUGAAAAUAAAGUCACCACGUCUCCAAUUACACCAUCAUCAUCACCUCCAACAUUACAACAAGAAGAGAUUGCAAAGAAAGAAAAACAAAAGAUAUUUUAUUCAAAACGUUUAGGGUUGUCUUUCAAUUUUGUUGAAGAAAUUGGUAAAGGAAAUUUCAGUCAUGUUAUAUUAGCGAAAACCAAUAUUUAUAAUAGUGAUAACAAUGGAAACAGUGUCAACAAUAAUACUAACGAUAAUCAAGAAGUUGUCGACUUGGCAGUUGCUGUGAAAAUUAUAUCUGUGCCGAUGGAAUCAAAACAACAAGUUCACAAUUUCAAGUCAUUCAUUCGUCGUGAAUUAAAUAUCUUGUACCAUAUUUCCCACCAUCCUUGUAUCACUUCCUUGAUUGAUUAUGACAUAUCCUUAGACAUUCCUAUUGAACAAAUUGAAUCAGACGUGAUAAUUGAUGACGAUGAAUUAUACCAGAAAACCCCACCACAGAAUUUGAGCAUGAAUCCACACUCCGACGUUGGUAAAUCAAGCUCUCCUGAUCAGUUUAUAUUUAUGAAUUAUUGUAAUGGGGGGAACUUGCUUCAUUUCUUGCAAAAAAACAAUAGCAAACAUCAUUAUCUUCAUAACCAUCACCACCAUCAUCAUCACCACAACCAUCAACAAGGUCACCAUGAUACCAUCCAGUACUGGCAAUUUUUGAAACGAAUAGUGUGUGAAUUGAUUGUGACCACAGCGUUUCUUCAUAAAAACUUGGUAAUCCAUCGUGAUCUAAAACUAGAAAAUAUUCUUUUGUUGCAUGAUUUUGACUCUUUGGCAUCCUUGACGUCUUCCAUACCGUUUGACAAAUUAUUAAUGUCCAAUGCUAUUAGCAAUUUGAGUGAUUUUGGAUUGUCGAAAAAAUUAGCAACUCAAGAUCAAUUGUUAAGUACAAGAUGUGGAUCACAAGACUACAUAGCACCUGAGAUAUUAAUGGGAUUAAAAUAUAAUGGUAAAUUAACAGAUACCUGGUCAAUUGGGGUUAUUAUUUACUCAAUUCUAGAAAACCGAUUACCAUUUGAUAUACCACCACCUUCAUCAACAACACAUUAUAAUUCAUCUACAUCUCCUAAUAGAGGAUCUCCUACAGUCAUAAAGAGAAGAAGAUCGAAAACCAAUAGUACAGCUUAUAGAAUUGCCAUGAUUGAUUGGGAAUGGUCCAAAUUAGACAAUGACAAUAUAGAACGUUAUCAAGAGAGUGUGAAGGAGAAGGAAAAUGAAAACGACCCCAUUCCAUCAGAAGUGUUGGUUAUUUGGAAACAAUUGAAAUCAGUUGUUGACACCGUUUUGGUUAGAAAAGAGAAGAGAAUUAAUGUUGAGCAAAUGUUGCAAAUGGAUGAAUUCAAAUGGAUUACCGAUUGUUUACCUGAUUUCAUUGUUAAUGUAUAA